GCUUCCCCCAAGAUGGCGGCGCCCUUGGCCCUGCAGCUGCAGGAGCUGCUGGACCCCCGGCCCGGCCCGCGGGACCCCGAGGAUGAUGCGGAGGAAGCUACAGUUGCUAAAGUGAUUGACAGAUUUGAGGAUGAAGCCACGGAUGACAUUUUGCCUGUUGGUAAUAUCAGGAAAAGAGCCUCAGCCUCUCUCCUGGAAGCUGAUAAGAGGUACAGUGGAAAAGCCACAUCUCGGAAAGCUCUGCAGGAAGAGCUCUGGGGAGAUGCUCUGUCUGAAGAAGGAUCUGCUGAAGAAGCACUAGAUGACUGGUACAGUGGCAGUGAAGGCUCAGAAGAGGAGGACAGUGUUGGCACUAAGGGCAGGGAGAAGCCCAGCAGUGCUGGCAGUGAGCAGGAGGAUGACCUGGAGGAUGAUGAAGAGGCCAAGGCACCAAAGUUCAGCUCCCAGAAUAUCACAGACUUUGAGAAGUUUACAGAGGGGAUGGACGAUGCAGGGAGCAGUGAAGGGGAGGAUGAAAAUGAGGAUGAGGAUGAUGCUGACAUGGAAGAAGGAAAUGAGGAGGAGGAGGAGGAGGAAUUUGGGAGUGAAAACCACGAUGAUGGAAAAGAAACCAAAGACAGCGAAGAUGAUGGGGGAGUGCUGACCUUCUCCAGAAGACAGGAGUCUGAAGAAGUGGAGAAGGGCAAAGCUGUGAGGAACCAGCUAGCCCUGUGGGACCAGCUGAUGGAAGGGAGGAUCAAGAUGCAGAAGGUGCUCAUGACAGCCAACAGGCUGCCCCAGCCAGACACCUACCCCAGGUUCAGGAAGGAGGGGGGACAGGACUUUGACAACGCUGUGGAGAACUGUUGUAAAGCCCUGGAGACCUUGCUGAAAGUGCUGGUGGAACUUCAGGAUGAGCUGCUUUAUCAGUACCCAGGCACGAGGCAUCUGGUGGAUGGAAAGCAAGCAAAAACGGAGAGCGAGGAUGAAAUCCUGAGCAGCAGCGAUGAGGAGCCAGUGGAGAAGGCUCAGGAGAAGAGGAGGAGCCUCCCCAAACGGAAGCUGAAGUUUGAGGAGUACCCUGAGUUCAUAGCCAAGCGCUACAAGGACUUCAGGACCUACAGGAACAGCACCCUGCAGAAGUGGCACGACAAGACCAAGCUGGCAACUGGCAAAAUGGGGAAGGGCUUCGGAGCCUUGGAGCGCUCGGUGCUGGCGCAGAUCGAUCACGUCCUGCUGGACAGGGAGCGAUUGCUGCGGCGCACCCAGACCCGCCGCUCCCUCUACACCGUGCUGGGCAAGCAGGAGCAGCAGCCUGCCCCAGCCCCUCAGCCCGGGCCUGGCAACUCGGAAGUCCUCCCCCCCUCAGACUCCAACAGGCACCUGAAGGACAUCGAUGAGGAGAUAUUUGAUGAUGAUGACUUUUACCACCAGCUCCUGCGAGAGCUGAUCGAGCGCAAAACCACGUCCCUGGACCCCAACGACCAGGUGGCCAUGGGCAGGCAGUGGUUGGCCAUCCAGAAGUUACGGAGCAAAAUAAAGAAGAAAGUGGACAGAAAAGCCAGCAAAGGAAGGAGAAUCCGGUACCAUGUCCACAGCAAGCUGGUGAGCUUCAUGGCACCUAUUGACCUCUGCACAAUGAAUGAUGAUGCCAGGACGGAGCUGUACCGGUCGCUGUUUGGAAAAGUCAAGAACGGAGAAGAACCAGAGCAGAAUUAGGAGCUGGGAUUGAGCUCCUGGUGUUCUCCCAGCUGCUUCUGCCCUCAGCUGCUCUCCCAGGAGCAGAGCCAGCUCUCUCCAGCCUCUGGUUUGUCCCUAAAAUCCCCCCUGAAGGAGCACCAAACCCUGCCAAAUCAGAGGGAAGGAAGAGUGAGCCUGGCUGAACACCCCCUGUCCAGCCUGAAAUGCUUCCUCCCAAAGACAAUCUAUUUUUAAUUAUUCCCUUUAAAUUCCUGACCUUGAUUUUGCAGCCUGGGCACAGUGUGGGGGGAGGGACACAAUCCAGCCCCCCCCUGCAGCUGGGUCCCCCACAGCUGUGUUAAAACCUUGGAGAUUUGGGGGCUGGGGGGGGGUUCAGUGCCCUGUUCUGGUGCUUGGCUGCAUAUUGAGUUCAUUUUUCACCAGUCAAGAGGAUUUAAAUGUCAUUUCCAUAAUUAACAUGGCCUUAAAACAGAGGAAGGGUGCUCCUGUGCAGGCACCAGAGCUCCCAGUUCACGUUGUGGCUGCUGAACACACACAGGGACAUUUGCUGGCCCUGACACGGGGAUGUGCCAGGGAAUUGCUGCUGUGGGAAGAGCCUGGGGCCUCCUCCAGCCCAGCACUGAUCCUGCACACUCAGUCCUGCAGCUGCCUGUGACUCUGGGCCAGUCAGGCUGUGACAUCCUGGGCAGGAUGGCAGCACAGGACAGAGGUGACUCCUGUGAGGGCUGGGUGGGGUUUGCAGUAAAUCCCCAUAAAGGGAUCAAUAGGAAUGGGGCUGCUCUGGGGUCACUGAUCCUGGCCGUGGCUUGUCCCACAGAGUUACCCCGGCCCUGGCUGGGGUUUGGGCACUCCAAUUUGUGAGCUGCUUGUCCCGGGUCCCUCCCUGCACGUGGGGACACGUCAGGGUUCCUCCAGAAAGCAAAGCAAGUGCCAGGUGAGGCUUGAUUUGGCUGGAACAGCUUUCAGGGCUGAAUAAAUCCCUGUUCCCUCGCAGAGGAGCAGAGCUGCAGCUCCCAGGGAAGUGCAUCGAUUUCCCUGGGUCCAGCCAGAAAAGCACCUGGAUUUAGGUAUCCACUGAUGACCUGAUGGGAUUUCCAUGACCCCACAUCCAGCAGGGGCCUGGGCACAGGGAAAAGCUGAUUUUUGUCACCUGUGCCAGGUGAGCAGCCCUGGUUUGGCCUGCAGGGAGCUGAGGUUCUGCCAUCCACAGCACCAAACCCCCGGGGUUCAAUUCCCACACCUGUGCCACCCCUCCCGUGUGACACCUGUGUCCUCUGUGCCACCCCUCCCGUGUGACACCUGUGUCCUCUGUGCCACCCCUUCCAUGUGACACCUGUGUCCUCUGUGCCACCCUUCCCAUGUGACACCUGUGUCCUCUGUGCCACCCUUCCCAUGUGACACCUGUGUCCUCUGUGCACCCCUCCCGUGUGACCCCCGUGUCCUCUGUGCACCCCUCCCGUGUGACACCUGUGUCCUCUGUGCACCCCUCCCGUGUGACACCUGUGUCCUCUGUGCCACCCCUCCCGUGUGACACCUGUGUCCUCUGUGCCACCCCUCCCGUGUGACACCUGUGUCCUCUGUGCACCCCUCCCGUGUGACACCUGUGUCCUCUGUGCCACCCCUCCCGUGUGACACCUGUGUCCUCUGUGCACCCCUCCCGUGUGACACCUGUGUCCUCUGUGCACCCCUUCCAUGUGACACCUGUGUCCUCUGUGCACCCCUCCCGUGUGACUCCCGUGUUCUCUGUGCCACCCCUCCCGUGUGACACCUGUGUCCUCUGUGCCACCCCUCCCGUGUGACACCUGUGUCCUCUGUGCACCCCUUCCAUGUGACACCUGUGUCCUCUGUGCACCCCUCCUGUGUGACACCUGUGUCCUCUGUGCACCCCUCCCGUGUGACACCUGUGUCCUCUGUGCACCCCUCCCGUGUGACUCCCGUGUCCUCUGUGCACCCCUCCCGUGUGACACCUGUGUCCUCUGUGCACCCCUCCCGUGUGACACCUGUGUCCUCUGUGCACCCCUCCCGUGUGACACCUGUGUCCUCUGUGCACCCCUCCCGUGUGACACCUGUGUCCUCUGUGCCACCCCUCCCGUGUGACACCUGUGUCCUCUGUGCACCCCUCCCGUGUGACACCUGUGUCCUCUGUGCACCCCUCCCGUGUGACACCUGUGUCCUCUGUGCACCCCUCCCGUGUGACACCUGUGUCCUCUGUGCACCCCUCCCGUGUGACACCCGUGUUCUCUGUGCCACCCCUCCCGUGUGACACCCGUGUUCUCUGUGCCACCCCUCCCGUGUUACUCCCGUGUCCUCUGCAGCCGCAGCUCCGGGGCUCCCGCUGGUUUUUUUUUUUCGGUUCCCUCUCUGGCUGUAAUGUUAAAAGGGUAAUACAAACCUCUUUAAAUGUGAUAACUUCUCGCCGGUAUUGUUUGAGGAGAUAAGAGCCCGAGCAGCGCUUUUGAAUUCACUUAUCAGCGUUUCAGCAGCCGCUUCCCGUCCCCAUCCCUGCCACCACCUGGGCCGGGGACACGGGGACAGCGGGGCUGGGGGAUGCGGCCCCACUGCAGCUCUGACCUUGCAGCGCUGGCUGCGGCAGGGAAAGGGGCCCGACCUGGUGUGGAGGUGCUGCAGGAGCAGCCCCGAGGGGCUCUGGCAGGAACAGGGGGGACAGCGUGUCCCCAGUGUCCCCAGGCUGGCUCAGGGUGAUGGCGUCCAGCACGGGCACAGCUCCCCGAGCGUUCCUGGGCACACGGAAAGAACCAGGGUGACUUCCACCAAGUUUUCCUAAUGCUGCCAAUUAACAGCAGGUGACAUCUUCCCUCCCCGCUCCCCCCGCCCAAUAGAAUAUUAAUUCUUUAUUAAUUCAUGAUACAGCUGCUAAUUAGUACCUCCACCAAUGGGCAUUACACCUUAGCAAAACACUCGGAGGUGUUUUGGGGACUGGGGUGUGCAGAGGGAGGGACAGAGGGUUGUGUUAAUCCUCUCCCCCCAACCCCACCACAGCCAAGAAUUUCAACUUUCAGACAAACAACUUCAUUUACAAGUGUGUCUCUAAUUAGCUGCAGAAUUAGUAAAGCAGAGUUUUCCCCCCAUAGAUCGGCCAAACCCCCGGGGGAGGCUCUGGAAUGGAGAGAAUCGCAUUUCCAAUUAUUUUGUUGAAUUGCUAAUUUAGUUAUUGUGCCUGGCGUAAUUGUGAUGGGUAUUGGGUGUGCAAUUCAAUUUGUUUUAAAUAUUUGUGGGAAGGCUGAUCAGUAAUGGAGCUGACCUAUUUCAUGGCCCAAAUUGAGAGAAGAGACUAAAACAAAAAACAGCUACAAAGCCCCAGUUUGUCUCAGUUUUUAUUUUGAUGUCUCUCAUCCCUCUUAAGACUGUUGAUGCAACAAAAGGUUUACAUUAAAAGAUGAUGGCACUUUGA